AUGUCAGAAUACGCCGCAAUGCCGAGAAUUCGAAAGAAACGAGUUACAAACCCGAAAGACGUUGAUGAUGAAGAGAGUCUUAACGACGGCUUGAUGAGUCCGUCUGACAUGACAAGCACCGGAGACACUACAAGCGGCAGAGCGAACAAGAGCCGCGAUCUGGACCCUUUGUAUGAUCCGAAUCAAGAUGACGAGGAUGAAGAUGAAGACGAUCAGCUCUCCCCAAGGAUUCCCAAAGAUGGUCGGAGGAAACGACCUCUCGACCCAACGUAUAUUCCCGGCAAGGAUGACGGUGGUGAAGAUGAUGACGAUGAACGACUUCCAACGGGCUUACAGCGAAAGAAGAGAAGGACUUUGGACCCUACCUUCGUUCCUGACAAAGACGACGAAGGCCAGGACAUAUUUCUGGAUUCAUCAAAGAGGGGCAAGGGCAGGGCUACAGACAGAGGAACCUCGAAAAGGAAAGCGACCGCUGACAUUGGAGCUGGGAAUCUACCUACUCCUAGCAAAGACACACCUUCUCGACCCGCGAAAAUGAUGAAGACUGAACUGACACCACCUCCAAGAGUCCCAGUUUCUCCGGCUCUCACGGAUCCUCAGCCUGAUAGCUCUGACGGAGAAGGGGUCACCAAGAAUCCGUGGGAGCUUGUAAACGCCAGAGCACAGCCGAGCCACCCCUUAGUGGUGAAAGCGAUGAAGGUCCUCAACAAGAUUGCGGAUGAUAGAAACAGAGCCUUCUUCGCACUUGUCAAAGCUCAUCAACGCUCUCGAAAAGGUUAUCCGGCUCAGUUGGCAGAUAAUACAAAUGACGAGACUCACACCCAGGGCAAGGUAGACUCGUCAAGGAAAAGAAGCAAAAGCUGUGACUUCGUUGUGGGGCAUUCAGACUCUGGUGCGCAAGUAGAUGAUACUCCAUCGAUUCAGGAAGAUGAGCCAGACAAUUCUGUACCAGAUCUGUCCCUGGAAAGAGCGAAGCGCUGGGCAAACGCGGUCAAUGUGCCCAAGGGUCUCUGGAACGAAGUAGAAAAACAACUUUUCUAUCGAAUCGCCAUGAGGGGUUUUGAACCUUUGCUUCCCAAGCAAUGGCAUUACGACUUCUCCACACUCCCGAAUCCCCUCUUCGCUGUUUCUGGCGAGAAAGCGACGCCGUUGAUCAAUGCAAUCAGAGGCUCAGAGUUCUAUGCAAUCAGGUCACUUUCCGUUCUAUUCUCUCUCGGCGGUUAUGUGAGAGACUGCAAUCUGGUGCAUCGUCGACCUGAGCCCAUCAUAAAACGGGCAAUUAGCAAGUACAUUCGCUGGGCUGUGUAUGAUGCAGGUCUACAUGUCAGCUCAGAUGAAAUACCCUUGUAUGCAAUAGGCGCCAGAAAGAGAGGAGAAAGUACCGUCAACGCUGUGGUGAAAGUGAACCGACGUCUACAAAAGCUGGCGGAUCGAUUUCGAAGUGCCUAUGGCCUUGCAUCCACUACGAAAGAGCUUGUGGCGACUGCCAAUAGAGCAAAAGCAAAAGCAACGACUAUGCCCCCUCUUCUUACUGGUUUUGUUAUCAGCGGUCCAGUGGUCGCCAUCUUAACCCUGAACAGCGACCCUUCCGCCGCAAAGGGUCAACGGGGAAGUGAAGACAGCCACUUCAUUUGCCAACUUGAUCUCAGUGAACAGGGUCAAGAUGUGUGGAACUCCCUUGCAGUGGCAAUAUCUGUCAUGCAUAUCCGCAACACCAUGAUGGAGCUUGCCGAGCAUGAUUUGGCAGGCUUGUGCAGAUUCAAUGCAGAUGCACAUGUGGUAGUGGACCAAGAUCUGUGAGCAUCAAACUUUGAGACAUAUCGUUACA